AUGGCGGAAGAGACCCCUGAGCUCCAGGCCGCUCUGCGGGAGCUGGAUAGGGAAUUGGAGGAGGGCGAUAUCACCGAGAAAGGGUACCAGAAGCGCCGCACCCUCCUCCUUUCACAGUUCCUCGGACCCAACAAGCCCCUCGAGAUCAACCCCCAUGCCGAUGCAGCCCUAGAUAACCCCCAUGACGACAUCCAAGGACCUCCGGCUAUUUUGAGUGUUCGCCCACCCACGGCUGACUCGACGAAGCAUGGCCUCACUUCCCCGACUUAUGCCGGAGGAUAUGAUAGCAUGCAAAGCAGCGGGAGCCUCGGAUAUAGCCAAGGGGUCAGUAUGGAUAUGCCGGAUAUGUCCGUGGCACCUGCCGCAUCCUAUGAGAGGGAUAGCACCGGGAUGCUUCAACCUCUCGAUCGAAUGCCGUCGUCUGCCUCGUAUGAUUCGCUUUUUCUUCCCAAGCCUGCACCUUCGGGCUCACUUGGCCCAGAUGGCUCCCGGACAGCGACAUUGGUGAGCCAGAACUAUGCCUUUAAUCCCAAUUCUCAGCCCGAGUACGUGGAUGAGCCAAUGGGUGCGUAUGAUCCUGCUACGGGGGUUGCGACUCCCUAUGAUCCUGCUUCGGGGGGCCCGACUCGGCAAUCUACAAUGCUCGAUUCCCAACAAGGGUAUUUCUCCGACUUUGCUGGUCAGCAACAUGACGACUACCGAGAUAGCUAUGGAGGCGGAUUUCAUCGAUAUUCCCAGUCUGGAGAAGCUUUCUCACCGACAGCAAACAUGGCGCCACCGUUGAUUCCUGCUUCAGAACUUCCCCAUGGACCGGCAAUUGAGCACUUGCUUCCUCUCGAACCGCGGGAAAUCCCAUUUGGGGUGUACGACCCGCACGACAAAAACACCCCAAUGUCGAGGUUCGACAAUCUCCCCACAGUUUUACGACAUCGAGCUCGAGUUCAUCCGAAGCAGCCGGCAUAUUGGGUCUUGGACCAAAAGGGGAAGGAAAUUGCAUCUAUUACUUUCGACAAGUUGGCUAGCCGCGCAGAGAAAGUCGCUCAAGUCAUCCGUGAUAAGAGUAAUCUUUAUCGUGGAGACCGCGUUGCUCUUAUCUACCGUGACGCCGAGAUCAUCGAAUUUGCCGUCGCUCUAAUGGGUUGCUUCAUUGCGGGAGUGGUUGCGGUUCCCAUCAAUAGCCUUGAUGACUAUCAGAGUCUAAACCUUGUGCUCACGUCGACCCAAGCGCACCUAGCCCUGACAACCGAGAACAACCUGAAAAGCUUCCAGCGUGAUAUCACCGCGCAAAAACUAAAUUGGCCGCGCGGGGUCGAGUGGUGGAAAACAAAUGAAUUCGGCAGCUUCCACCCCAAGAAGAAGGAUGAUACGCCUCCCCUGGUGGUCCCCGAUUUGGCUUAUAUCGAAUUUGCAAGAGCCCCCACAGGCGACAUGCGGGGUGUCGUGAUGAGCCACCGUACUAUAAUGCACCAGAUGGCCUGUCUGAGUGCGAUCCUCUCUACAGUCCCAACCGAUUCGAGCGCCAGACAAUAUGGAACCCGAGGCGAGACCAUCAUCAGUUACCUCGAUCCAAGACAAGGUAUCGGGAUGAUUCUGAGUGUUCUUUUCACCGUAUAUGGAGGACAUACAACUGUUUGGCACGAGGAUCGAGCCGUGGAGACUGCCGGCCUCUAUGCCCACCUAAUAACCAAGUACAGAGCCUCCGUCAUGGCUGCUGACUAUUCCGGAUUGAAGAUCGCCGCCUACAACUACCAGCAAGACCCGAUGUCGACCAGACAUUUCAAAAAAAACGCCGAGCCUAAUUUUAGCUGUGUCAAGAUCUGUUUAAUUGACACUCUUACCCUCGACCCUGAGUUUCACGAGAUCUUGGCGGACAGAUGGCUACGCCCAAUGAGAAACCCACGGGCUAGGGAAAUUGUAACUCCAAUGCUCUGCUUGCCUGAGCAUGGCGGGAUGACCAUCAGCAUGCGCGAUUGGCUUGGCGGCGAGGAACGCAUGGGAUGUUCUUUGACUCAUGAGAUGGACCCAGCAGCGCGCGAUUCUUCCAAGAAAGACGACUCUAAACUUGAAAAGUCGGAGAACAACACCGGCUUCGGGAGCAGUCUUCUCGGUGGUGGGUCACGGGUGUCGGCCCCGAAAGAGCAUGCGAAGAACGAACUGGCAGAAGUCCUUCUCGACAAAGAAGCCCUAAAAAGCAAUGAGAUUGUCGUCUUGGCCAUGGGUGAAGAUGCCCGGAAAUACGCGAGCAGUAUGCCUCACGCUGUGCGGGUUGGCGCUUUUGGUUAUCCGAUCCCUGACGCAACGCUUGCCAUUGUCGACCCGGAGACCAAUCUCCUGUGCACCCCAAAUGUUAUUGGAGAAAUUUGGAUUGAUUCACCGUCUCUGUCCGGUGGCUUCUGGGCGCUGCCCAAACACACAGAGGCCAUUUUCCAUGCUCGUCCAUACAAGUUUGAAGAAGCAAACCCGACACCAAUUCUGGUGGAGCCCGAGUUCCUUCGCACGGGUCUACUCGGAUGCGUGAUUGAGGGCAAACUCUUUGUGCUGGGUCUCUAUGAAGACCGUCUCCGGCAGAAGGUGGAGUGGGUUGAGCAUGGCCAAGAGCUCAUCGAACACCGCUACUUCUUUGUCCAACACUUGAUUGUCAGCAUCCUGAAGAAUGUCCCGAAGAUCCACGAUUGUACGGCUUUUGAUGUUUUUGUGAAUGAUGAGCAUCUUCCGGUCAUUGUUUUAGAGUCCUACUCUGCAUCAACCGCCCCCACAACGUCUGGUGGUCCUCCGAGACAACUCGACUCGGUCCUUCUUGAAUCGCUGGCAGAGAGAUGCAUGGAGGUCCUGUACCAGGAGCAUCACCUUCGAGUCUAUUGUGUUCUCCUGACGGCUCCCAAUACGCUCCCACGCGUCACGAAGAAUGGCAGACAGGAGAUCGGCAACAUGCUCUGUCGUAGAGAAUUCGAAGCCGGCAAUUUGCAAGCUGUGCAUGUCAAGUUUGGAGUUGAACGAGCGGUUAUGAACUUGCCGGUCGGCAUUGACCCCGAAGGAGGUAUCUGGUCCCCACUCGCACUGGCAUCCAGACAAGACAUACUCGCCUAUCAAGAAAAGCAGUACUCUGGUGUCGACUACCGGGAUGUGGUCAUGGAUGAUCGUACCUCCACACCGCUGAGUAAUUUCAACACAAUUGUCGACCUCCUUCAAUGGCGAGUCUCGCGCCAGGCCGAAGAACUGGCUUAUUGCACUAUUGACGGUCGUGGCAAGGAAGGAAAGGGUAUUACGUGGAAAAAGUUUGACCUAAAGGUUUCCGCGGUAGCAACAUAUCUGAAGAACAAGGUCAAGGUCCGACCAGGAGACCACCUGGUGCUGAUGUACACCCACUCCGAGGAGUAUAUCUACGCCAUUCAUGCCUGCUUCUGUCUGGGUGCCGUGGUCAUUCCGUUGGCACCAAUUGACCAGAACCGUCUGUCGGAAGAUGCCCCCGCAUUCUUGCACGUCAUUAACGAUUUCAACGUGAAAGCCAUUAUCGUCAACAGUGAGGUCGACCAUGUCAUGAGGCAAAAGCUCGUCUCUCAGCACAUCAAGCAAUCGGCUCAGGUUCUCCGGAUUGGUGUGCCAGCAAUCUACAAUACUGCAAAACCUUCGAAGCAGUCCCAUGGAUGCCGCGAGCUCGGCUACACCAUGAAGGAUACCUGGCUCCAGGGGAACUUGCCCGCUCUGGUCUGGACCUACUGGACGCCGGAUCAGCGAAGAGUUUCUGUCCAUAUCGGCCAUGAUACCGUCAUGGGCAUGUGCAAGGUGCAGAAGGAGACAUGCCAGAUGACGAGUUCAAGGCCUGUUCUCGGUAGUGUGCGCAGCACACUGGGUCUUGGUUUCCUUUACACUUGUUUGAUGGGCAUCUAUGUUGGCGCUCCGACCUACCUUGUCUCGCCCGUUGACUUUGCUCAAAAUCCCAUGGCUCUCUUUGUAACACUUUCACGGUACAAAAUCAAAGACACUUACGCCACGAGUCAAAUGUUGGAUUACGCAAUGACUGCCAUGGCCGCGAAGGGCUUCCAGCUUCAGGAAUUGAAGAACUUGAUGAUUUCAGCGGAAGGUCGACCCAGACCCGACAUCUAUCAAAGAGUGCGUCUGCACUUUGCCUCCGCCAGUCUGGACCGGACUUCAAUCAACACUGUCUAUUCGCAUGUCCUGAACCCCAUGGUUGCCACGAGGUCAUACAUGUGCAUUGAGCCGAUUGAGCUCUGGCUUGAUAUACGAAGCCUGCGACAGGGUCUGAUCUUCCCAGUGGAUCCGGAUGCAGACCCUACUGCGCUUUUGUUGCAGGACUCAGGAAUGGUGCCGGUGAACACUCAGAUCGCGAUUGUGAACCCAGAAACUUGUACUUUGGCCCACGUGGGAGAAUACGGUGAGAUCUGGGUGCAGUCAGACGCUUGUGCUCAGGGAUUCUACAAGUCAAAACAGGAAUUUGAUGCCGAGCGGUUGAAUGGUCGGGUUGCUGAUGGGGACCCGAGUGUGCCGUACAUUCGAACUGGUGAUCUUGGUUUCCUCCACAACGUUACUCGGCCAAUUGGUCCUGGAGGGCAGGUUGUGGAGAUGCAGGUGCUCUUCGUUCUUGGAAGCAUCGGUGAGACUUUUGAAGUCAACGGCCUGAACCACUUCCCUAUGGACAUUGAAAACUCGGUGGAACGCUGCCACCGCAACAUUAUGAAUGGAGGAUGUGCUAUUUUCCAAGCCGGUGGGUUGAUCGUCGUGGUGGUUGAAGUCACUCGCAAGGCGUAUCUAGCCUCCCUUGUCCCAGUGAUCGUGGACUCUAUCCUCAAUGAGCAUCAAGUGGUGGCAGACAUUGUUGCAUUCGUAUCUCACGGCGACUUCCCCCGCUCUCGUCUGGGUGAAAAGCAACGUGGAAAGGUCCUCGCAUCGUGGGUGACCCGAAAGCUUCGCACGAUUGCUCAAUUCAGCAUCCGCGACAUGGAAGGCUCCGAUCCGUUUGGGGAGAUGCCUCAGCAUCGCAGCAGCCGAAGAAGCUCUAAGCCGGACAGCAUCAUGGGUAAUAGUCUCCGGCGGUCGACGCUCAACCCAGAGAAUGAUGCACCUGCUGUGCCGCGGUCCCCGGCCCCGGUGGUGCUCGAGGAGAGAAUUGAAGCACUACCGAGUGCGUAUCAGGAUAAGCCGGUGCCAGCCUUGCCGCAAGAGCUCGACGUCCCCACCGACAACGCCGUUGCCGCCACACCCGUUCCUGAGCCCACUUCGGCUGUGCCUCACAUCCGGGAACCGCAGUCAGCCACCAUCGUGAGCGAGUAUGACGAUCACCCGCACAUGCUAGAGCCGGUUAAUGUUCCCGACGUGAGCCCGGUGAGCCCGGUGAGCCCGGCCAAUGACUUCCGUUUCAGCUUCGACAUCAUAAACACGCCAAUGGACCAUCAAUCGCAAGAACCGGUUUCCCCCGUUGACCCGCCCUCCACCGGGCGAGACUCGCUUCCCAGCCGUCAGCCAUGGCGAUACAGCAGCGCCCCUGGCAUGGCCAACACCACCCAGGACGAGAAGCCGCGGCCAGGCACCCAGGAGAGUGGAUUAAUUGACGAUUGGCCUCAGGAAGCUCUCAUGUACCAGUCGACGCUGGGGGCGGAAGACAGCCAAGGAGUCCAUCGCACGCCCAGCAGCACAAGCGCUGCCGCGCGAAAGUGUUAUGAUGGAAGUGGCUACGACUCAUGA